UUUGUGGCAGGGGUAAUUCCAUUUGUGUGUGUACGUCUGUGUGCGUGCAUGUUGGUUUAAUAUUUCCUAGAAAAUGUUACAUAAUCGCGGUUCGGCAUUUUUUUUUCAAUAUUUUUUGACUUGAAGGGGUCGAAACCCCCAUUUUUUUAGGAACAUUGCGUUUUUUAAUUUACAAAUACCCCCGCCCCUUCACACACACACACAUUUUCCCCACGUAUUUCAAUGGUCGUCAGUUACACCGAUUUACGCAGGCCGAUAUAUAUUUUGAAAUACUACUAUAUGGUACUGUACUUAUAGUAAUGUAAAUUACAUUCAAUGUGGAUUUUUGUGGAUAGCUCAAUUUGAUCACUAGCUGUUCAUCUGGGUCAAGUCCAUCUUCAUUUACUAGUUUUGUUUGUCCUACUUUCCAGUAAGAGACAUGUAAUUUCUAGUAAAUAUGAACUUGAGGCGAAGGUUAACGCCAGCGUCAAACACGCCGUGAUUUUUAAGCAUUCUGGAUGAUUUGCUCACCGUAAAAUGAAUCUUAUUAGUGCGGUCAAGCGCGCACACACACUCACACACACAAGUGCAAAAAGAGUUACGUCCUCCACUGUGGUGAACGUGUCACGUGGCGCAGAAAGUGACUAGUUGUUAAGCCAACCUAAGAGCAAAAUGUUUAAACAAAAGUGCAGCGCUUUAAUUGAAUCACGCCCCCCGGGAAUGGUCCUGCUCCAUUUUAACUGCUAUUAAAAUAAAUAUACUGAAGAAAAACUUUUGUAAUUUAAUAUUUUUUGUGAUUGUUUUAAUGUGCGUUUCUACACUAAUCGUAAUUAGUUCGAUCUAACCUUUUAAACCGCAAUCAUUUCGAAACUUGAAUACGUGUAGAUAGCGUAUGUGCAAUAUUUAUAUGGUGCUCGGGCUUAAGUGUUCCUAUUUUCGCCUUAGAAUAUUGUGACACGUACUACCGAAAGGAGUAUGUCAGAUAAAAGAUAACAUUUUCAUCCGCUAUGGAGUGUGCGAUGCUGUUUGUGUGUUUGUUUGUUUUGUUUUGGGUUUUUUUAAAGUAUUUUCCCUCAACAUCUGCACUUCCUGUACAUUUAUUUGGUGUGCGGUUUGUCUCUUUUUUUCUACGUUACAUUAUGGCCUUGUUGCCAUUUUUGUCUUUCUUUGAACAGAAUAAAUUAAGCGGCUUAAUUGCUUCACUGAUACGAUUUCGAGAAUUUAGGAACAAAUGUCAUAGUCAGUCACGUACGCGUGCUUGGGCAAUAUUUGCCAACCAAAUACAAAGCAACUUUCAUUGUUGUUGGAUAUCGCAGUCCUGCAUAGAUUAUUGUUUAUCCCUUAUGUUUUUAUGCGCUUUAUUUUUAACGCCCUAUUAAACACGUUUUGCAUUGCUUAUUUUGUCAGGCAGGGACUCGUGCUUGGCAGCAGGUGCUGAGGCCAGAGGUGAAUAACACUCGUUUGACAACGAAUCAUCGUCCAUCGUGCAACACGUUAUUACAACGCUUCGCCAAUGAGAACUGGAGCUAUGUGCGCUGUUGUCCAAUAGGAGCUGAGCUGGAUAGAAUCUUUGGACGCAUCCGCUUUGCCACAUUAAUUCACUCGGCAGCGAACGUGGGAUGCUCAGAAUUUUGGACAUUUUGACCAGUUUCAACUGCAGCAGACUCUGGCGUAGCAACAAUUUCGUCGUUAUUUGGCCGAGAAUCUCGCCGCGAAAGACCCGGUGGGAAUUGUGAUGAAUUCCUGACUGCUGCUGCUGCUGUGGAUCUGAGGCCGACCUUCUCCCACGUCCACGGGCGUCACAGCUGCAAGGGAAUGCGACGAGACUUUUUGGCGUAGAAAUAGAAAAGGAGACAUCAUGAAGGAGAAAUCGAAAAACGCCGCCCGGACACGACGGGAAAAGGAGAAUAGCGAAUUUUAUGAACUGGCCAAACUGUUGCCGCUGCCCUCGGCCAUCACGUCCCAGCUGGAUAAAGCCUCAAUCAUCCGCUUGACCACAAGCUACCUCAAAAUGAGGAUCGUUUUUCCUGAAGGACUUGGUGAGUCAUGGGGCCAUGUGAGCCGGAGCUCUCUGGAUGGGGUCAGCCAGGAAUUAGGCUCCCACCUCUUACAGACAUUGGAUGGCUUUAUUUUUGUGGUUGCUCCAGAUGGGAAAAUAAUGUACAUAUCGGAAACGGCCUCGGUGCAUUUGGGUCUGUCUCAGGUAGAGUUGACAGGAAACAGCAUCUUUGAAUACAUUCAUCCGGCAGACCAUGAUGAAAUGACAGCUGUCCUCACAGCACACCAGCCUUACCAUUCACACUUUGUCCAAGAAUAUGAGAUGGAGCGCUCAUUCUUUCUGAGAAUGAAAUGCGUCCUUGCAAAGAGGAACGCUGGGCUUACGUGUGGCGGUUACAAGGUCAUUCACUGCAGUGGCUACUUGAAAAUCCGCCAGUACAGUCUGGACAUGUCUCCAUUUGACGGCUGCUAUCAGAACGUUGGGCUGGUGGCCGUCGGUCACUCAUUGCCACCCAGUGCGGUGACAGAGAUCAAACUGCAUAGCAACAUGUUCAUGUUCAGAGCCAGCCUGGACAUGAAGCUCAUCUUCCUCGACUCGCGGGUUGCAGAGCUUACAGGCUACGAGCCACAAGAUCUAAUAGAGAAGACCCUCUAUCAUCAUGUCCACAGCUGUGACUCCUUCCAUCUGCGCUGUGCACAUCAUUUAUUGCUCGUGAAAGGGCAAGUCACCACUCGGUACUACCGUUUCUUGGCCAAACAUGGUGGCUGGGUGUGGGUUCAGAGUUAUGCAACCAUCGUACACAACAGUCGCUCCUCCAGACCUCACUGCAUCGUCAGCGUCAAUUACGUUCUCACGAAUACGGAGUGUAAAGGAUUCCAGCUCUCUCUGGAUCAGGUCAUGUCCAAGGCCUCUUUCCCUUUCAGCAGCAAUACAGCGAGCAGUCUUACCGAUUCCGGGAGAGCCAAUAAAAGCAGAGUGUCCCGCCCCAAAACCAAAGCUAGACUUUCACCAUAUAGUCAGUAUCCAAGUUUUCAGGCAGAGCGGUCGGAUUCAGAUCAGGAUAGUCCCUGGAGGGGAAGCCCUCUGACUGACACAACCUCCCCACAGAUGCAGGAGACGAAUGAAGGCACGGACGCCUCCUGCGUUUACAAACACUUCACUGAUCCUGGUCCGCUGUGCUACAGUGUGUCUGAAGAGCAGCAUCACAGCGGUGACGGUCACAAACACGUCCAUGUGCAUGCUCAAGGUCAAAGUUGUGAGCGGGGUCGGUGUGAGGCAGGGCGAUAUUUUCUUGGAGCGCCUCCUCCCAGCAGGGACACAUGGUGGAGCACAACGAGGGCAAUUUUGCCCUUAAGCAAAGUUUCACUGGAGAACCGUGAAGGAUGUGAUGGCAGCAUGCCACAUAUUACGGCAGUCCACAGUUAUGAUGGUCGGAAUCAAUGGGAUGAGGACAGUGUGGUGAGCUCUCCAGAUCGAGGUUCCACCAGUGACUCAGGAGAUCGCCAGCGAACUGACCAGUUCAGGUUCAGCCCGCAGGAAAGCAGCAAAAUGGAAACACUUAUACGGGCAACACAGCAUAUGAUUAAGGAGGAAGAAAGUCGACUUCAGCUACGAAAGGUUCAUCCAGACACUCCACUGGGGCAGGCCAACGGACUAUUGAACAGCACCGGCCUUUGCUGUACCUCAGAGUACACUCAAAGGCCAAUACAGGCUGUGGUGUGUCGCGGUUUGAGUCACGUGAUUAGCCCGGUGCACAGCCCCGCCCACUUCUCAAGGCUAAGUCCAGGGUCGGAAAGCCUGAAAAAGUCCAAAGACUACCUCCAGACAGACAUGGGCCCGCGUUCUUUACAAUUACGUUACCCGUUUGUUCGACCAGGCCCAUGUUCAGAUUCUCCCACCCCGGCCCCAGCUCUGUACCCGCCUCACACCCAUUUUCGGCCAUACUUGGAGAAGCAUACGCCGUACCCCCGAACAGGCUAUGCUCUUGAGCACCUCUACGACCAGGAGAGCCUCCGAGGCUACUGCACUUCUGCGAGCACGGAUAUGACCCCUCACCUCCGCAUGCCGGCAGAACAGACACCCGGACACAAAGGCACCUCUGUCAUUAUCACCAAUGGCAGCUAACAAUCAUUUUACACAUGCACUGGGACUGAUGUCAAUAAGCCCCCGUGACUGGCCGGUUAGCCCCCAUUAAACAUCACUAUUUUGAUUCAGGCCCCACUAAAUGACUUUUGAGUACAUUAUUUGUAACGUUUCAGAGUUAAGGUUUAAAACACUUAACCCGAUAUUACCUAAGGAGACUUGCCUAAGAGUAAUUGUCAUGAUAAUAUUCAAUACAGUAUGCCAAUAACAAGAACUCGUACGUGACUGUUAGACCACACUUUUGAACCCCGCUGCACACCGAGUGACACGACCCGAUGCCAAUGAACUGGAGCACAGUGUGAGAAUCUGAAAGUAAUUUUCAUCAUUGGCAGAACAUUGGCAACUAGUUUUGCCACGAUUCGAAAUUCAAAUUGCCGAUGAAUCGCGUUGCAAUGUCACAGAUUUAAUGGUCAAAAAUUCCACUUUGUAUCACAUGAUCUAGAACCCCCAAAAUGACAUUUCCAGGUCUGAAGCGACAACCAGCAGGCCACCACACAGCUGUACCAUUACAGUAAAUGCAAUAUAUAUGUGGCUGAAAAGCAAAGCGUGGAGAGUAUCUGUCGCUUAAAGUGCAGCCAAUACCCUCUCAAACAUCCGCACCCUGUCUUCUGUUGUUUGCAUUUCCUCUCUUUGUAUUAUGUUAUAUACGGUAGCUGCGGCGUUCAGGCAAUCAGUUUCUUCCUUGACAAUCGCAUCAUGUUAUUUGUGGUUUAGAAGAAAUAAUACAGUACUGUAUUUUAUGUGGA